AGGCGAGUCGCCCGAGAGGCGCGGCGCACCCCGCGCCCUUCGAGAGGCGAUGGCCCUGCUCGCCCCCCUGCGCCGGGCACCGCGGCUCGCUGGGCGCUGCGCGGCCGCGGCCGCGCCGCUGGGCGCUGGCGCCCCGCUGCAGCGGCCGCUGCAGCGGCCGCUGCAGCGUGGCCAACGCUGGCCGCUCGUGGCGGCCGCGCGCUCCUUCUCGGACAAGGCCGCGUCCUUCGACGUCUUCCAGAAGAUGAAGGACCCGCCCGACGAGGGUUCCUCUGCAGGGAAGAGAAAGCCUUCCGACAGAGUGGUCCGCCUGGUCGAUGAGAUCAUGUCGCUGACCCUCAUCGAGGCGGCCGACCUGUGCGACCUCUGCCAGGAGAAGCUGGCGCCCGUCGAUGGGCCGCCCAUCCCCGGGCGCAUGCCGUUCCCGCACCCGAUGGCCAUGUUCGCUGGCGGCGGCGGCAUGCCGAUGAUGCCGGGGAUGGCCCCCAUGCAGGC